CUACUCUCUCCCUUUAACUUCUCAACAAACAAAUCUUCUCCUUUCUUAUUUUCUCCGAUUUCGAUUUCUCUCUCUCUCUCUCUCUCUCCUUUUUUGAUGCGACCCAAGAAUUAUUCUCAGAUGGAGAAACCCAUCUCCAUCGCCACGGGGAAGUUCCGUACCAACAACAACAACAACAACCAUAACAAUGUUUGGUUCGUUGUCCCACUCUUCUUUAUCCUCUGUUUCGUCCUCCUCUGUUUCGACUACUCUGCUCUCUUCACGGACACAGACGAAACCGCUUUCUCCAUUUCCGACGUUACCCAGAAAUCAACUUCCUCUGAAUUCACCAAAGAUGACAACUUUUCUCGAUUUCUCGACGACCCAUCUCCUGACUCGUCUUGCUCCGGUCGGUAUAUUUAUGUUCAUGAACUUCCUUAUAGAUUCAAUGGUGAAUUGCUUGAUAAUUGUUUUAAGAUUACUAGAGGAACCGAGAAGGAUAUUUGUCCUUAUAUCGAAAACUAUGGUUUUGGUCCUGUGAUUAAGAAUUACGAGAAUGUGUUGUUGAAACAAAGUUGGUUUACGACCAAUCAGUUUAUGCUCGAGGUUAUAUUCCACAACAAGAUGAUGAAUUACAGGUGUUUGACCAAUGAUUCGUCUCUAGCUUCUGCGGUUUUCGUGCCGUUUUACGCAGGUCUUGAUAUGAGUAGGUAUCUUUGGGGUUUCAAUAUUUCGGUUAGAGAUUCUUCGUCUCAUGAGCUGAUGGAUUGGCUUGUGGUACAGAAAGAGUGGGGUCGAAUGUCUGGUAGAGACCAUUUCUUGGUUACAGGAAGGAUUUCUUGGGAUUUCAGGAGACAGACUGAUAAUGAAUCUGAUUGGGGAAGCAAGCUUAGGUUCUUACCGGAGUCGCGAAACAUGUCGAUGUUGUCUAUUGAAUCGAGUUCUUGGAACAACGAUUACGCUAUUCCGUAUCCAACCUGUUUCCAUCCUAGAUCAGUGGAUGAAGUUGUGGAGUGGCAAGAGCUAAUGAGGUCUCAAAAACGGGAGUAUCUAUUUACCUUUGCGGGUGCUCCAAGGCCUGAAUAUAAAGACUCUGUUCGUGGGAAGAUCAUUGAUGAAUGUUUGGAAUCAAAGAAGCAAUGUUACUUGCUAGACUGUAACUAUGGGAAUGUGAAUUGUGACAACCCUGUCAAUGUGAUGAAGGUUUUUAGGAACUCGGUGUUUUGUCUCCAGCCACCGGGUGAUUCUUACACUAGAAGGUCAAUGUUUGAUUCGAUAUUGGCAGGCUGCAUUCCGGUGUUCUUCCAUCCGGGGACAGCAUAUGCUCAAUACAAGUGGCAUUUACCCAAGAACCACUCGAGUUACUCGGUUUAUCUACCGGUAAAGGAUGUAAAGGAGUGGAAUAUCAAAAUCAAGGAGAGGUUGAUUGAGAUUCCAGAGGAAAGAGUGGUGAGAUUGAGAGAAGAGGUUCUAAGGUUGAUACCGAAGGUGGUCUACGCUGAUCCGAAGUAUGGAUUGGAUGGGAAUGAAGAUGCAUUUGAGUUGGCUGUGAAGGGAAUGUUGGAGAGGAUUGAAGAAGUGAGAGAGAUGAUGAGACAAGGGAAAGAUGGUAGUGAUGGGUUUGAUGAUAGAGAUGAUUAUAAAGCUGCCGCCGAAGUUUUGUCAAUGGCGACGAACCCGACGUUUCAGCUAUUUCCGUCUUCUCAAGGUUCUGGUCUAGGUUUAGGGUUCCUUGAUUCACCAGAGCCAACUCUUCCUCCACCGCCUCCUCCUGUUGAAGUAUUAUCCUCCGAGGUGUCUUCCUCCGUCGAUUUCGAAGUGGAUAAAGUGACUAUCGGCAAGAUCACUCUUUUGAAGGGUCGUGUGAGCACUAAAGAGGUCUUUGGAUUGCCUAAUUCAGAUUUGGUUCCUGGAGUCUAUGAAGGCGGGCUUAAGCUUUGGGAAGGAUCAAUUGAUCUUGUCAAAGCUCUUGAAAAAGAAUCACAAACUGGAAACUUAUCACUUUCUGGAAAGCGGGUUCUCGAGCUUGGAUGUGGUCAUGCACUUCCAGGAAUCUAUGCGUGUCUCAAGGGUUCAGAUGUCGUCCAUUUCCAGGACUUCAAUGCUGAGGUCCUUCGAUGUCUCACCAUUCCGAAUCUGAAUGCUAAUCUGUCCGAGAAGUCUUCCUCUGUCUCAGUAGGUGAAGCAGAAGUACGCUUCUUCGCUGGUGAGUGGAGUCAAGUUCAUCAGGUUCUUCCAUUAGUUAAUAGUGAUGGUGAGACUGAUAAGAAGGGUGGUUAUGACAUCAUUUUAAUGGCUGAGACGAUAUAUUCCAUCUCCGCUCAGAAAAGUCUCUAUCAAUUGAUUAAAAGGUGCCUGGCGUAUCCUGAUGGAGCAGUGUAUAUGGCUGCAAAGAAGUACUAUUUUGGGGUUGGUGGAGGGACAAGGCAAUUCUUGUCUAUGAUAGAGAAAGACGGUGCUCUUGCUUCAACAUUGGUGUCUGAAGUCACAGAUGGUUCAUCCAAUGUCAGAGAGGUAUGGAAGCUUUCGUACAAGUAAGUCAAAGCUAUACUGGAAUUCAGUGUCGCUCCAAUCUCGUUCAACGAUCCGAUUUUAGUGGAUUUUUGGGUUGCUCAUAGAAUGAGUAGAAAUUCAAAAUCUCAUCCAUGUUUGGCUUAUAGACUCUGUUGACUGUAAUAAUCGCUUAGUUUUUCA